CCGCUGCGCCCGCCGCACCUGCGCCCACCAAGCCCGCACACACGCACGCCCACCACAGCUCGGACCGGGCACUGCGCAUCGCCGCCGAGGCCGCGCAGGCGCCGCACGCCGCCAGCGCCGCCACGCCGUCGCUGCACCCCGCCGCACUCAAGCAGUGGCGCGACGAGGCCAUGGCGCAGCCCGAGACGCGCCUCGCCGCCCUCGUGCUGCACAAUGCCGACCUGGCGCUCAGCGUGCGCUCACGCAGCGCCGAGCAGAGCGUGCAGCACGUAUUCUCGCACACCGUUAAGCUCGAGGGCACGCCCGUGACCAACCAGCGCAACUCCGGGCGCUGCUGGCUCUUCGCGCAGUGCAACGUGAUCCGCACGCAGAUCAUGGCUCAGUACGACCUCGACAAGUUCGAGCUCUCCCAGAGCUACCUCCAUUUUUACGACAAGCUUGAGAAGGCAAAUACAUUCCUGCUGAACACCAUCGAGCUGCACGAGUCAGCGCUAGACGACCGCGUGUACGGUUUCCUCAAGGGCGAGCCCGUCAACGACGGCGGGCAGUACGACAUGGUCGUCAACCUGCUGCUGCGCUACGGCAUCGUGCCCAAGCAGACGUUCCCCGAGUCCUUCUCGUCGAGCGCGUCGAGCCGCCUCAACUGGCUCGUGACGGUCAAGCUGCGAGAGCAUGCCCUGGAGCUGCGUGCGCUCCUGCACUCGACCAAGGCGCGCCUCGCCAGCCUGCCGCAGGAGCAGCGCGACAAGGCGGCCCUCGCCGCGGCGCUCCAGCGCAAGGAGGCGCAGAUGAAGGAGAUCUAUAAGAUUCUGCUUAUUGCGCUUGGCGAGCCGCUCGGCCCUGACGACGAGUUCACUUGGGAGUACCACGACAAGGCGGGCAAGUUCCACCGCCGGCGCUUCACGCCGCUCAGCUUCCUGAAGAGCGUCAAGACCUUCGAGCCUCUCGCCGCGUGCUCGCUCGUCAACGACCCUCGCCGCGGCUACAACAAGCUCAUGUCCGUCGACCGCCUGCAGAACGUGUGGGGCGCCCGCCCGGUGUCGUACGUAAAUACGACCAGCCAGACGCUCAAGGAUUGCGUGGUGAAGAGCAUCAAGGCGGGCUACGCGGUCUUCUUCGGCUGCGACGUGGGCAAAUUUUCGCACUCCGCCUCCGGCCUGAUGUCCACGGAGCUGUUCGACUACGAGGCCGCUUUUGGCACGAAGCUCGGCCUUUCCAAGGCGGAGCGGCUCGACAUGGGCGAGUCGAUGAUGACACACGCAAUGGUAAUUACCGGCGUGUCUCUCGACGACGCAGGCAAGGUGCAGCGCUACCGAGUCGAGAACAGUUGGGGCGAAGACAUCGGCGACCGGGGCUACAUGGUGAUGAGCGACGCCUGGUUUGACCAGUAUACAUAUCAAGUCGUCGUUCGCCGCGAGUUCAUGCCAGCCAACCUCUGGGACAUCUUCGCUGCGGGUGUCAACAAGGACACCGACGUGCUCCCGCCGUACGACCCGUUCGCCACGCUGGCUUAGACCGCUGCUUGGCUCUAGAUUGUCCUGCUGGGGCGCUAAUACAUUAUACACACGGCGACGUCCGAGCUGAGAGCGUGCUGCAGGCCGCCCACACGCGACUCGUGAUUCUGCUGCCGCGAGACCAGCCCUCCAGGCAGCGCGAUCUGCUUCGGCGAGCAGCUUUUGCAGGCGCUGCCCUGCGCAGUUGUGU